AUGGAUAACUUAUCUAGAAAUGACCAAGUUGUUGUAAACUUUGAAGAUCAACAAACUAUUGGAGAAGCCCAAGGUUUGCUUGCUCGAUAUCUAGGAACAUUGGCAGUUGAUUGUAAGUUAUUUCUAAUCAAUUUCUCAAAGUGGUCAGGACCUUCAAGUAUACCUCGAUCUAGAUUUGAAGAGUGUUUUAGUAACUUGCUGAAGCCAAAAUUUUAUUUCAAAAUUUCUGAGGGCAUUGCAAAGCGAUAUUGCAAAUUGAGCCUUGCAAAAAAGUGGUCACAACAUAGAAUAAAGUUAUGGGAUGAGUUCUAUGAUCCAUGCAUGAGUAGACAAGCAAUCAUUGAUAAUGUCCCAGUUGGCAUCGACAGAGAUCAAUGGGCAUCCUUUGUUCAGUAUCAGUUUCUACCUUCUACAAUGGAGAUGUGUAAGAGAAACAAGGAAGUUCGCAAUAAGCAAAAAAUUCCCCAUAUUGGUGGUUCAAAAUCCAUCUCAAGGAAAAGACAUGAAAUAUUUUUAGAGACUGGACAAAAAAUUAGCCGUGGAGAAAUGUACAUAGAAACUCAUAAGAAGAAAGAUGGAUCGUUUAUGACUGAUGAAGCAAGGGAUAUAGCGGAACAAAUUGAAGUAUUUAUGGCUCAAAAUGAGAAAGAUGAAUAUGGACCAUCUACAAAUGAUGCUAUUGACAAAGUGUUUGGGGAGGAGCAUUCUCGUAGGGUGCGAUGCAUGGGAAUGGGAGCAACACCUACUAAUACUUUCAGAAAUGCCAAUCAUCCUAGCCAGUUAGCUAAUUCUUCAAUUUCAAUGUCAUCUACUACCAAUUACUCCAAAGCUGAUUUUAAACAUUUGGAGUCUAAAUUUGAUAAAACAUUGACUGCAUUCAAGGCUUAUUUUCUUGCUAAAGAAGGAAGAAUUCCUCAUAGUAUUAGUCUCACUAAUGAUGUUGACAACGAAACUAUUACACCGAUAACAGGAAGAACAUCAUUAGACAGAAGCAAUGAAAAUCGUGAAGACAUUAUUUAG